AAGAUGAUGUGAAACUUGACAAGGUGACUUCUAGGUGAUGGAGUUUAAUGGAAAGCCAAUUAUCUUCUGCGAAUAUGAUGAUGAAUUCACAUUAGGAAAUGGCUAUGAUGAAGGCAAUCAGCUCAGCCUUGGAAAUGAUGGGAUUUUUCUGGUGACGUUUUUCAUUGCAUUUAUAUUUAACUGGAUUGGAUUCUUUUUAUCCUUCUGCUCAACAAACACCAUUGCAGGCAGAUAUGGAGCCAUUUCGGGGUUUGGGCUGUCGCUUAUAAAGUGGAUUCUUAUCGUCAGGUUCUCCGAUUAUUUUAUCGGCUAUUUUGAAGGGAAAAUUUGGCUCUGGUGGAUUUUUCUUGUUGUCGGGUUUGUGCUUUUCACAAGAGGUUUUGUCAACUAUGCAAAGGUUCGGAAGAUGACUGCCAAGAUCGCCAGUUUGAAAAAGUCCAGAUAUUAUCCAGAAUAUUUCCUCCCGUAACACCCUGCUUCGCUGCGUGGUGACUUUGUUGAAAAAACUGGAACAAGGAUUGCAAAUCUUAUGGGA